AUGACGCCCAGUCGGGGUGGUGUGCUGUCGGCACUUGCAUUCGCCCUCACCGCACUCGCGCUGGCACCACUUCAAUCACAAGCACUGGAAGAUGCAGAUGUGCCUCGCACGAACGAAAACAGAACGCUGUACGCUAUCCCGGUGCCCCUACCAUACGACUCGCUGCAAAGUGCAAAGCCGGGCAUCGAGAAGUCCACACUGGAGCAGACGCAAUUUCACCUUUGGAGCUACAUCUCCAGUGACUACGAUGCGAGCAAGAUCAAACGCGCGGUGGUUACGCUUCAUGGCCAAGGAAGGGAUGCUUGGUCUUACUGGGACGACACCUACGAUGCUCUCCUCAACGCUACUAGCCCGACCAAGAGAUCCUCGAAAAGCUCCAGCAGCACUUCGACACUAAAUCGAACAUCGCUAAAGCGCGACGAAGUCCUCAUUCUGGCGCCACUCUUCUUUAACAAUCAAGACACCUCGGCGUAUCAAGCACUGGACGAGGAGUUCGAUUCGCAAUCGAUUGUGUGGAACGGUGGAGAUUGGGCAGAGGGUGCAGAUUCGAUUUUGCCGGAUACGGUGUAUGGUUCGGAGGAGGGUCAGACUUUCGAAGCGCCCAAAGUCAGCUCGUAUGAAGCACUGGACGAGGUGGUCAGAUGGUUCAGCGACAAGAACGUAUUUCCAAAGAUGGAGACGGUGUUGAUUGCUGGCCAUAGCAUGGGCGGUCAGAUUGCUCAGCGCUAUGCACUCCUAGGCGCCGUUCCAAGCGCUUCAACACCUGUGCACUUUGUCGUUGCCAAUCCGGGCAGCUUUGCGUGGUUGACCCCGGAGAGACCCGAGCCUGUGGACGACUGUCCUGACACCUACAAUCUGUGGAAGUAUGGGCUUGAGCUCUCCUCUGAUGGCACGUGGAGUCAGAGAUACCUCAAGUCCUUUAUUCAACAGUCGCUGGAUGCCAAAUCUGAGGUGCUGGACGUUCGAGUACGGUACAGCGAAAUUCGCCUCGUCCACUACCUCUUCGGAUUGGAUGAUUUCGGACCGGGAGACACGCGAUGCCAAGCGCUCACGCAGGGACCGCAUCACCUGGGUCGUGGACAGAAUUUCCUGCAACAUUUGGACACGCAGGUGUUGGGACCUCGCAGAGAGGCAGACGCGGCGCAGCAUGGGUCGGACAAUCUGCAAGGAUGGGGGAAGGCAAGUCACACGAGCGAUUUCGUCAAGGGCUGCUCGCACGAUCCCAUGUGCAUGUGGUUGAGCAAACAAGGGAUAGAGCGCUUGUUCUUUACCAACGCGGAUGGAGAGGAAGGACCCAGAGGAGUCGGAGAUGACGAUGCGGUGCAGGCAAAAUGGUACCCUUGGGGCGUCAAUUCUGCGGCAUCGCACUUUCCGUCUCGGUCAACAUCGACCAUGCUUGCGGCGCUUGCGGCCUCUAUCUGCAUGGCCUUCCUAUGA